AUGCCGCUCCCUACUUCUUCUGUGUUCCCGCCCUCGUCGGAUGUCUUCCAGAAGUUCUCUAGCCGGCGCAGCGUGGUGCACAGCACCAAAGGCAUCGUAUCCUGCUCGCAACCGCUGGCAGCAAAGUGUGGCAUCGACAUUCUCCAGGCAGGAGGAAAUGCAGCCGAUGCCGCCGUGGCCGUGGCCGCUGGCCUGAACAUGACAGAGCCGUGUUCAACCGGCAUCGGUGGUGACAUGUUUUGCCUCUUCUACGACGCUAAGAAGGGCACCGUUUCGGCUCUCAAUGGAUCUGGCCGGUCUGGCCACCAGUACACUCUGGAACGCAUGCGCACCAGCUUGGGCCUGCCCGCUGGCGAGUCUAGCGGCCAUAUCCCCCUUACCAGUGUGCACGCUGUCACUGUUCCUGGUGCCCCAGCUGGUUGGGAUGACACCAUUGGCCGAUUCGGCAGCGGCAAACUCACACUGGCACAAAUCCUGGCCCCGGCCAUUGCCCUGGGCGAGAACGGCUACCCAGUCUCGGAGCUGACUUCGUCAUCUUGGCAAAAAGGAGAGAAACAGUUGCGCCAGGCGUCGCCCAACUUUGCCGAGUGGCUGAAGAAGGACCCCAGUGCGCCCGACGGCUUCCGUGCCCCUCGGCCUGGCGAGAUCAUGCGCAACGUGACCCUGGCACGGACUUUCCGGGUGUUGGGCGAGGAAGGAAAGAAGGGCUUCUACACGGGUCGCGUUGCCGAAGCUAUCGUUCAGGUGGUACAGGAUCUUGGCGGCCAUCUGGACCUCUCGGACUUGGCGUAUCACAUGGAGAAAGGCUCUGAGCCGGUGAACCCCAUCUCGAUCAAAUAUGGCGAUGCGAAGGACGGCGUCGAGGUCUGGGAGCACCCGCCCAACGGCCAGGGUAUUGUGGCCCUAAUGGCCCUAGGAAUCAUACAGACGCUGCAGAAGCAGGGCACCGUGCCGCAGUUUGGCCCUGCCGACUUCAACAGCACGGCGUACCUACACGUGAUCAUCGAAGCCCUGCGCAUAGCCUUUGCUGACGCAAAUUGGUUCAUCACCGACCCCAACGAGGUGGCCGUACCCGUGUCCGGCCUUCUUUCGCCCGAGUACCUGGCUGAGCGGGCCAAGCUGUUCAACCCGACCGGCGUCGUGCGACACGUCGACCACGGUACGCCUGGCGGACCAGCCUUCAAGUCACCGGCCCUGCAGAGCAGUGACACGGUGUACUUUGCGGUAUCGGAUGCAGAGGGCAAUGCCAUCUCGUUUAUCAAUUCCAACUACGGCGGCUUCGGCACGGCCAUCGUGCCCAAGGGAUGUGGCUUCACGCUGCAGAACCGUGGCGGCAACUUCAGUCUUGAUCCACGACACCCCAACGUAAUUGCACCACGCAAACGGCCCUACCACACCAUCAUCCCCGGCCUGGUCACAAACCAGUCAGAUCGGUCGCUCUACUCCGUGUUUGGCGUCAUGGGCGGCUUCAUGCAGCCACAGGGCCAUGUGCAAACGCUGCUGGGCCAGCUGGUUGGCGGCCUGAACCCACAACAAGCGCUGGAUGCGCCGCGCAUCUGCAUCGGCGCCGGUAUGCCGGACGAGGGUGACGUGUUUGGCAGCGCCGUGUCCGUCGAGGACGGGUUGCCAGAGGAGACGUUGAAGGGCCUGCGCAAGCUGGGUCACCGGCUGACCGUAGUGACGGACAAGGCGCGUGCACUAUUUGGCCGCGGCCAGAUCAUCCGUUACACGUUGGACCCAGUCGAGAAGAUUGCAGUGUGGUCAGCCGGCAGCGACCAGCGCGGAGAUGGUGCAGCCUAUCCGCUGUAA